GACAAGCGAUACCACGAAGAAUAUCUGACGUGUGACUGCACGAAAAACAUGGGAUAGCGAAUAGUUAUAGGAACAGAUGUCCCUUGUAUAUUUAGAAAUCAACAUACUUCCGACGAAUAUCGGCGGAAUUUUCUUGUGUCGUACAUAAACAGCGGUAAAGCUUCCUCGCCAUCGCUGGUUCCCUAUUGCCAGAGUUACCUUGCAAUGCCGAGGGCGUUCUCGCAUUGGCGAGAAACUGGGGUCAUAUUUCAGUUCGGAUUGCAGCGACUCGCUCAACUCCUGGAAAAGUUGACUGCGUCACUAUUCGCAAGUGACGCCACGUAACUGAGCAUAUCACUUGGCGCCAAUAUCUGGGAAUAUAUCAGCAUUCGCGGCAGCAGCGCCACCGCAGAACGUACUGACGCGUCGAGCCCAUCGAGGGAAGCGCUGUACGCUACAUUAGGCAACGAGCGCUUCUUGCUGCAGCGUGUUGCCCCUUCAGCGCCCCACUUCGUGCUCGUGAAGUGAUCAUGGAACCGGCCAUGCUUGAGAGGGGGGCGUCGCCGAGGAGUCUUCUGUGGGCUUCCAUUAGAAGGACUGGAGAGACCAUGCGUUCGCCGUCGUUUAAUGAUUCUGACCUUUUUAAGGAAGAAACGGAAUGCCUUCCCCGUUAUCUUCAGGAACUUCCAGGCACCCAUGGUCACGCCAAGGGCACUAUUACGCGGCCAGCACAAUCUUCAAGAUACUUCGUGCAGCCGUGUCUGACGUCUGUGCCCAACCUCAUCGCCGAAAUGGUGAGAGUGGCUCACUAUAAGCUGUUGCUGGAGACCAUGAUGUUUCGCACGUGUCAAAAUGGAAUCGGCUGCAGCAAUGGGAACGCCGAGACCAUCAUGGGGAGCGAUGGCCUUCUGUCGGCUAGCGUGCACGCAAGUUACCGCUGCCUUCUGGUGCAACUUCAGGGCAUGGAGGGGCUGCGACGCUACUUCGUCUCCGUGGACGUUCAUAUCUAUGAAGAGACAAGUGGCUCGUCUGACGAACUCUCGUCGGAUGUACCACUGCAGCCAAAUAUGCUCUACGGUUUCGAUUGGGCCAUGUCCCCACUGCACCUCGACUUGACUGCGCAUCUCAAGAAAAGGUUGCGGAGUUCCUCGUUUAGUGUUCCUGCGGCUCCCACACCCGCCGACAUCCGCUACCAGUUGACCCUGCGCAUACUCCAGCUGUCGGAGGACUGCUGGCCUGUCGGAGCGAAGCCAGUGUUGAUUCACCUCAAAGAGGGCUUCGUUCACGAGCUGCUUUCGGACAGCUACCAGACUUCGAACCAGCCAGCAGCGUUCCCUUGUGGAAUGCAGGACGUCGCAUCUCUGCGGGAUCGCACACCGGUUCCUCUGGCUUCGUUGGGACCCAGCAGCUUCCCCUUCCCGAUGACGUCGUUUCACGACAGCUGUCCGUGGCAAGCAGGGUACGACGCACGGGGCACGCGUGGACCGAAUUUGUUCCAACGUGAGAUCCUGGCAGAACCCGUUGCAGAGAGAUGCAGUUACCAGGAAGAAGCCAAGUUUCCUCGUUUUCAUAGCGUCUUUGAAAACUGCUUCACGUCUGAAGUCACUUACUCCGACGACGAUUUCGCUGUGGACAGGGGCCACGCGACCUUUUUCCGAGACCUGGACAAUGAAGCCCGGCUGCGCCUAAUCCAUCUGUACAAGCGCCAUCAUCCGACCACACUGCCUCCGGGGCGCCACUGGCAGCAGCAUUAGCAUUGUCCCUGCGACAAGAGGCAUAAGGUGGUGCGCUUCGGCGUUGGUACCUGCAGGAAGAUCUCUUCGAGGGGCGCAUCGCUUGACCAGCGGCUGAGCCAAGGUUUUUUAGCAUUGUUUUACGUAACUUUUAUUCAUUUGUAAAUUUUUUAGAAGCAUUUUGUUAGUACAAUUACUUCCUCUAGUUUACUUUGUAACGACAUAUUUUUUGUCUGAUUUUGCGCCGUUACGUUAGCGAUUAACGCAUCGCAGUGGCCUCUGUACUGUCGGUGUCAAAUGUAGCGCUGGCGAAUGGCCGAAUAUAGUUUUCUCCGCCUUCUGUUGUGAUAUUCGCUGUUUGCCUGCGAGAAUGCGCGCUCAAGAGGGUUGCAAUUGCUCAUUUCUUUGAUGUCGUUCUCUCGUUUUGUCUCUAAGGCGAUACGUCAUAAAGUGUGCGCAAAUGUCUAUACAGGUGAAGUAGAACAUUGUUUGCAGCCGGUGUAGUUGAGGUGAGAGCGCUUUCCAUCAAAUAACGCACCACGAUAAGUCUCUUAAAAGCGCAUCUUCGAUUCCUGCCGCCAAACAGAAUAUGCACGGCUCUCUCUGAUGGUCACUGGUAGAAGGCGCACUCUACCUUUAGCCACGCGCUGCAGUUUUCGCAUUUAGUUUGAAGUGGAUAUUAUAUGUUGCUUGUUACAUUGUAAGCUGACCUUGUCUAAGGCAUUCACUUGUCGGUCUUUCUGCAAGAAACCGACCGUCGUUGUUAAAUUACAGCUUCUUACGUUUCCUUGUUUGAGUUUAUCUGAAAUAAAAUAACCGCAUGUUACUGA